AUGUGUCACCAAGUCAUUCAAAUCUUCGAAUGUGGCCAUAAUCACGCCUCGAAAGUUGUUCAGUGCAAGAGACCAACUGAUAAAUGCAAUGGUGUAUUUCUGAGGCAGGAUCUGCAAGAUACUCGAGGUUUAUGUGUUGCCUGCAGGCGGACUGCGAAGCUGAAGAGAGCUCAACAGAAGGAAGCGGCUGUUGCAGCGGAAGAUGAAGGCUACUGGUCGUAG